AUGCCACCUUCGUCCUCCAAGCACCACAGUAACGGCGCCGCCUCGGCCGCGGCCGCGACUCUUUCGGGCCGUGCCGACCAGGUCGACCUCACUUCGCCCGCCAACCUGCGCAAGCUGGUGCUCAACUACCUCGUGCAUCACUGCUACGCCGACACCGCCUCGGCCUUUGCCAACGACGGCAUCUCGGGCUACCUCGCCGGCCCCAGCAGCGCAGCAGACGGACUGACCGCCGCCUCGACCGACGAACAGCCUGCUGCACCCUCACCAUCCGGCAGCCGCGCUGCCGCCUCUUCUUCUUCUUCCAGCUCUCGCGCUAGCCGCACAAACGACGCCGCCUCGGCCUCACCCUCACAAUCCGCAUCGCGCUCCUCGGCCCCGGCCACGGCCACGGGCAGGCAGGCCCAUCCCCUCUCUGCGCCCCCGCUCUCCCGCCAGGACUCUUCAAUGGAGGUCGAAGCCGACAGCCUCCUUGCCCUCGCCACCAGUGCAUCCUCCUCUUCCGCCGCCGCCACGACAAGGGGAGAUCACAACGGCAGCGCACCCACCGCCAUGGACGAGGACGUCUCCAUGGGAGAGGCGACAUCCGCCAGCCAUGCAGCCAACGGUCAGUCGCAAGCGGCUCCAGGCUCAUCCAAGACGGCCGUCAACGGCAGCAGGUAUGCGUCAGCUCGUGCGGGCGCAGCGGGCGACCUGGGCGCACAGGGCAACGCCGACGAGCAGAGCGACCUGCCAGCAGCAGAGCUCCGGGCAGUCAAGAUCCGCAAGGAGAUCCGGGAUCACAUUGUCAACGGACGCAUCCGCGUCGCCAUCGACCUGUGCAACACCCACUUCCCCGCGGUGCUCAAUACCGAUGCGGCCAGGAUCGUGACGCUCGACCGCGAUGCAGGCCAGGUGGCGACGUCCUCGACGGCCACCGACCGCGUGCUCCCGGCCAAUCCGACAUCGCUUGACCCGGCACACCUGCUGCUCAACCUCCAGAUCCAGGUGUUUAUCGAGAUUAUCCGCUCCGCCACGUCGUCGUCGUCGGGCAUGGCUGGUAGCUCGGCGUCGCUGCCGCCAGGCUCGUCUCCGCAGAUCAGCUCGUCGGGCUACCUGCCGUCGUCGCUGGCAGCCGCCAACACGCCCGGGAUCGCCGCGGCAUCCAUCUCUCGCGCCGCCUCGCCGGCGCCCUCGUCGAGCUGCUCGUCGGCCGGGUCGGGGACCUCGGCGACGGGGGGUGCGGCGGCCGUCAAUCCGGCGCUGCACUCGGCGCUGGCCGUGGCUCAGGGCCUGUACUCGAGCGCGCAGAAGCUGCCGAGCUACUGGCGCGCCAUGUACCUCAAGGAGCUCGAGCAGGUGACGGCGCUGCUGGCCUAUCCCGACGUCGAGCACAGCCCGGUACGCAAGUUCCUCCACCGGUCGCGGAAAGUGGCGCUGGCCGAGCAGGUCAACAGCGCCAUCCUCUACCGGACCGGCAAGCCGUCGCAGCCGCUGAUUGAGUCGGCGGUGCGGCAGACGGCGUUCACCUAUGCCGGGCUCAAUAGCGACAAGGUGGCGGUGCCGAGCGGGCACCCUGUGUUUUCGGUGGCCGGGUGUCCUGCAGGGCCGUACGAGGAGACGCAGUCCAAGAAGAAUGGCGGAGGCAAGAUCUUGCCUCCGUGGAACUUCCGCAGCUUCCUGGCUGAGCGUUAG